ACUAUUUCAAUUCGUGGGCUCCGCUGAUUAGUCUUGUUUGGCGAAACUUGUUCAUCGUAAAAGCUGCGUAAUUGGCAGAAAGGAAAGCGCGCCAAAUGGACAAUACCCUCCAUUGCUCCAUCCUCUGGAAAGCCAUCUCUCUGAAAAUCCGUUCAUUUUGGUGGAUGAGUUGAUCGCCCAAAAAUGGGCAAGCAAAAGCAACAAGUCAUUUCUCGUUUUUUUGCCCCCAAACCCAAAACCCCAUCCACCCCAACUCCACCAGCAAACCCUUCAUCUUCUCCUUCUCCUCCGUCACCGCCAAUCCCAUCGCCCAACGUAAAAGCAACUGUCUCUUUUUCCCCUUCAAAGCGCAAACUCCUCUCAAACCCCACUUCCACUCCUAAGAAACCCAAAACCACGCUUUCCCCUCACACCCACAACCCUGUUCCUCUUCAGUCUAAUCCCUCCCUCCACCAAAAAUUUCUCCAGAAACUUCUGGAACCUUCUCCACCACCUCCUCUUGAACCUACCGUCGAACUUUCCGAAUCCGACCCCAAAAAGUACACCCCACUAGAACAGCAAGUGGAUUUAAAAAACAAAUACCCGGAUGUUCUUCUCAUGGUGGAAGUCGGUUACAGGUUCCGAUUCUUCGGGAAGGAUGCGGAAAUCGCGGCGAAAGUGUUGGGAAUAUAUGCCCACGUGGACCGCAACUUCUUAACGGCUAGCGUGCCAACUUUUCGACUGAAUGUCCACGUGAGGAGGCUGGUCAGUGCUGGAUACAAGGUUGGAGUGGUGAAACAGACAGAAACGGCGGCGAUUAAGGCACAUGGUUCGAACCGAGUUGGACCGUUGCAGGGGUUGUCAGCAUUAUACACGAAGGCUACGCUGGAAGCCGCGGAGGAUGUGGGAGAAAGAGAAGGGUGUGGUGGAGAGAGUAAUUAUUUGGUUUGCGUUGUGGAGAAAGGUUUGGAGUUUUCGGGGUCUGUUUCAGGCUCUGGUGCGGUUGAUGUGAGGGUUGGAAUUGUUGGAGUGGAGAUUUCAACGGGGGAUGUUGUUUAUGGGGAGUUUGAUGAUGGAGUUAUGAGGAGCGGGCUUGAAGCUGUGGUUUUUAGCUUGGCACCUGCUGAGUUAUUGCUUGGAGAACCGCUUUCGAAGCAAACAGAAAAGUUGCUAUUGGCAUAUGCUGGACCUGCCUCAAAUGUUCGUCUGGAGCAUGCCUCUUGUGAUUGUUUCAAGGGUGGUGGCGCACUUGCAGAAGUGAUGUCUGUAUAUGAGAAGAUGGUUGAAGAUAAUUUAGCCGGUAAUGUGAAUCAGUCUUUGGAGGCAACAAAACAGGAAUAUUCUCACUCUUCAAUUCAGGGAGUUAUGAACAUGCCAGAUUUGGCUUUACAAGCAUUGGCCUUAACCAUUCGUCAUCUCAAGCAAUUUGGAUUUGAAAGAAUUAUGUGCCUUGAAGCUUCGUUUCGUUCCUUAUCGAGCAGCUUGGAGAUGAAUCUUUCAGCAAAUACACUUCAACGAUUAGAGAUUCUGAGGAAUAAUUCAGAUGGAUCUGAAUCUGGCUCCUUGCUGCAAAUCAUGAACCAUACCCUUACUAUUUAUGGAUCGAGGCUUCUUAGACACUGGGUGACUCAUCCUUUAUGUGAUAGAACCAUGAUAUCUGCUCGACUUGAUGCUGUUUCUGAAAUUGCUUUGUCUAUGGGGUGUUAUAAAGUCUCACAAAGUAUCGUUGAGAUAGAUGGGGAAGAUUCUGAUGUAACCAUUAGACAACCAGAAUUCUACUCUGUGCUUUCCUCGGUUUUAACUUUUUUAGGAAGAUCUCCUGAUAUUCAGCGUGGAAUAACAAGAAUCUUCCAUCGAACUGCCACCCCAGCAGAGUUCAUUGCAGUUAUUCAAGCUAUUUUAUCUGCUGGAAAGAAACUUCAGUGGCUUCAUAUUGAUGAAGAACAUGAAGACAAUUGCAGUAAAAAAGUGCGAGUAGGGAUUGUGCAGUCAGCUCUGUUGAAAAGGUUGAUUUUGACUGCUUCAUCAUCCAGUGUUCUUGGCAAUGCUGCAAAACUACUAUCUUUCCUAAACAAAGAAGCAGCUGAUAAAGGGGAUUUAACAAACUUAAUCAUUAUUUCUAACGACCAAUUUCCAGAGGUUGCUAGAGCUAGGAAAGCAGUUCAAUUGGCAAAGGAGAAACUGGAUAACUUGAUUUGCUUGUAUAGAAAGCGACUUGGGAAAGGCAAUUUGGAAUUUAUGUGUGUGUCAGGAACCACUCAUUUGAUAGAGCUACCCAUAGAUGCCAAUGUACCUUCAAACUGGGUUAAGGUAAAUAGUACCAAAAAGACAAUAAGGUAUCAUCCGCCUGAAGUGUUGGCUGCUCUAGACCAGUUAACACUGGCAAAUGAAGAGCUCACCAUUAUUUGUCGAGCUGCUUGGGACAGCUUUCUUAGGGAAUUUAGUGAAUAUUAUGCCGAGUUUCAAGCUGCUGUUCAAGCACUUGCUGCUUUGGACUGUUUGCACUCUCUUGCCACUCUUUCAAGAAAUAAGAAUUAUGUCCGGCCUAUCUUUGUGGAUGACAAUGAACCUGUUCAGAUACAAAUCCAAUCUGGUCGUCACCCUGUGUUGGAGACCAUCUUACAAGAGGGUUUUGUUCCAAAUGACACAACAUUGCAUGCCGACAGGGAGUGUUGUCAGAUUGUUACUGGUCCUAAUAUGGGUGGGAAGAGUUGCUACAUUCGCCAGGUUGCUCUAAUUGCAAUGAUGGCUCAGGUUGGUUCCUUUGUACCAGCAGCAUCAGCUACUUUGCAUGUGUUAGACGCUAUCUACACACGCAUGGGUUCCUCUGACAGUAUACAACAAGGGAGAAGUACCUUUCUAGAAGAACUAAGUGAGGCUUCUCAAAUACUACACAACUGCACAGCACACUCACUGGUUAUAAUUGAUGAGCUUGGAAGAGGAACUAGUACACAUGACGGUGUAGCUAUUGCUUAUUCUACAUUACAUCAUCUGUUGGAGCAGAGAAAAUGCAUGGUCCUCUUUGUAACCCACUACCCUAGAAUUGCUGAUAUUAAAGUUGAAUUUCCUGGGUCUGUGGAGGUAUAUCAUGUUUCGUAUCUGACCGCACAUAAUGAUGAGGUUACUAUGGAUGCAAAAUCUGAUCAUGAAGUCACCUACCUAUAUAAGCUUGUUCCUGGUGUUUCUGCAAGGAGUUUUGGAUUCAAGGUUGCACAGCUUGCACAGCUACCUUCAUCAUGCAUCAGUCAGGCAAUUAUCAUGGCUACAAGGCUGGAAGCAAUCGAAAGCAGCAGAGUGAGAAAGAAAUCAGAAGAAAGGCAGCUAGAAAUGUCAUCGAGUGAUCAAGAACUAGAAACACAAGAGAAGAUACUGAAAUCCAUUGGUAGCUUCUGCAGUGAAAGGCUAGAGAAUUUAGAAGAAUUUGCCAGUGCUUUCAGUGACUUGCUUUUGAGCUUGAAAUCUGCAAUAACCGAUGAUGACUUUGGCAAAAGCUUUCAGUUAUUGAAAGAGGCUAGAAGCAUCGCAAAGGAAUUGAUAAACAGAUUGAUUAGGUUGCAUUGCUUCAGCAAAUAGUAGUCUGUAAUCCCAUUUCUUUGAGACAUUCAUAUUAACAUUUUGCUCCUCCGGAUAAGUGGCAGUUCCUAAAGGUGAGACAGCAUGUAUAUAGUAUGGGGAGAACAGCAACGUGAAGUUGACGGAGACCCAAAUCAGAUGCUGGAUUGCUGGAAUUUCGUGAAUGCUAUUGUAUAGGAAGAAAUUUUGUAAUUUUUAUAUUGAAUUGCCUGAGUUUCACGUUUAUUCUUCCCAACGUUUUAUUGUGAAGAAUGAGAUUGCUUCGUCUCA